AUGUAUGACCGGGCUCCCCGCUCCUUGUCCUUGACUGUCGGCGGCACCGACGCCCAUCUGGGCCCGGGCUCCUAUGCGUUGCCUUCAAAGACCAAUCGGCUCCGAGAUGGCUAUGCUCCGUUUCUUUCUUUGGCAAGUCGUGGCCUUGGAAGUAUUUCUCAGAAUGCUGAGGAUGAUGUUCCAGGGCCGGGAUACUAUGAGAUUGAGAGAACACAGAAAAUUAUUAAAGGGGGGCUAAGUCCUCAGUAUAAAGAGAAGCGUUUCAAAGAGAUCCGUGCUGAUACCCCUGGUCCUGGAACAUAUUGCCAACCUCCAUCAAUGAGUCAAGACAUCAGUAGGGCAAAGAGACUGUCUAAAAUCUCUGCAGCACAGAAACUUGCAGAGUGUAUCAAAAUCUUCCGGAAGUCGGAGGCACCAUCUAUUCCUUCCCAAGGGCAAGCGUUUGGUUAUGAAGAGACUGAGGAUGGCACUCUUAUAAAACAUAAUCCUCCUGCAAGAGACAGUACUUUGGGUCCAGCAUACUAUCAGACAAAAACUUAUGAUACUUAUCCUACCAUGAAGUAUAAAGGAGUGCAUUUUGGGAACUUGACAGAAAAGCGACAUGAAUUUAAGCCACAUGAGGGCCCUGGACCUGCAGAUUAUGAUGUAAUUCAGGAAAACACAGUGCAUUAUGAAAAUGUCAACAUCAGAAGGGAAGACCAUAAAAAAUAUGACCUCUGUGUUCCACGGUAUCACGAAGUAAUCGUAUUACAGGAAGAAAAGAAGGGUGUUCCAGGUCCUGGCCAGUAUGACAUAAAAAGUCAGUUCGAGAAGGCAGAUAGUACAACACAAUGUGAAAUUCAUCGUGCUCCUUUUCUUUCUCUUGCCCAGAGGUUUGCACCUGUGAAGUCAUCCUCUCCAGCUCCUGGCACAUAUAAUGAAACUCGUUGUGCUCUUGAGUCCUUGAAGAAAGCAACUAAAACAAAAAACAUCCCAUUUGGCCAUACAGCUGUUCGGUUCACCCGUGACUAUAGGCUGCAAAAAACACCAGGUCCUGCAUUCUAUAAUAUUCUCAACUACAGCAUUGCAACUGAAAGUGUGAAAAAAGCUGUCCUGGAAAAAGAGACAAAGGGAGCAUUUGGUUCUUCAGUUCCUAGACUCUUAUAUUUGGUUAAGAGGGAAGCCUUUUGUACUCCUGGACCAGCUGAUUAUCAGAUUAAAGAGACCAUUGAAGAACCAAGUAAAAAAAAGAAGCAAUUGGCUGUUUUUGCAUCAGUAACAGAAAGGAUUCCAAUAAUGAGCACGGAAGCUCCACCACCAGGCUCCUAUGAUGUUCAGAAAUCAUUUGAGAAAUCGCAGUGUAAAAGUGAGCACAUGCCUCCACGAACUGCAGUGGCUAAAAGGAAGCACACUUCUUUUCUCAGUGGAACAUUUAGGCAAGGUGUAUCUCAGGUCAAGGUGGAUAUGCCAGGACCAGGGGCAUACAACCCAGAAGCUAACAGCUCGGGGGUGAAAUCACCUUCCAGUGUUACAGUAUGGGUUUCCCGAGUGGAGCGUUUUAAAGAAGCAAAAGAUGACUCUCCUGGUCCUGGGGCAUAUGAGCUGAGCCCACUUUUUAGAGAUACAGUCCUGAAGAGAACAUUCAAUACAACCCUAAAUAAUCCGGUUGUGAUUCAAGUGGACAAUUCCAUUUACAAACCUCUGGCAGACAAAGACCUUUACUGUGUGUCUAAUGAACUAAUCUUGAAAAAGUGA